AAUCAGAAGAAAAAGGAAACUUUCAGCUACUUCUACAAAUGCUAAAGAAACUGAGAGCAGUUGGUCAAGAGGAGUCGCAGGUUGCCCCAAGCCAAACAUGAGCACUGGGGUGGCACUGAUGCCUCCAUGCCGGAUGCUGAUGGGACAGCAGGCACUGGGAGGUCUUUUGCCCACCCCAAGUGCAGAUCCACCCUGCAGUGCCCAUUCCCUCUGCCAGUCACAGCGGCAGGACAGAAAUGCCUCUCGACAUAAUGUGAGCACCAGGUCCCGUCAGCUGCCAAGCUGCUAUGUCCAUCUUUAGCCUGCUCUCCAGUUACCAGCCACCUCCUCUGGCUGCCUCCAAAGAUAGUCAAAACCACCUCCCAGCGCCUGGGUUGGAAACUGCGGGGAAGCAGAGGGGGGAUCAUGGGCAGGGAAGAGAUUGAUGGGAUUUCUGUGGAAGGAGUCAAGGACACUGCAAGUACGCCUGAGCUAUGGCGUCGCUGUGCUACAACAAAGGCUGUGGGCAGAGGUUUGAUCCUGAGCACAACACCAAGGAUUCCUGCCUGUAUCAUCCAGGUGUCCCCAUCUUCCACGAUGCCCUGAAGGGCUGGUCUUGUUGCAAGAAACGCACAACGGACUUCUCUGAGUUCCUCUCCAUAAAGGGAUGCACAAAGGGGUUUCACAGCAAGGAGAAGCCCCCUGUGCCUGUUGGCCAAGAGGAGGCCUCAGACAAGCUGAAGGCCAAACCAGUGGAGGAGCUCAUAAUGCAAAGACCAAAAUCAGCUGAGAAGAUGCAGCAGGAAAGACCAAGCUUUGAUGAGCCAAGACAACUGCUGCCGAUUAAAGUAUCCAGGUCUCUGGAGCAAGCUCUGCAGAAACUGAACCUGUCCUCCAAGGACAAAGUACCUGAGGGCAGUUGUGCAGGGGAAGCGGCUGCCCAGGUGAGAGCUGGCACCAUCUGCAAGAAUGCAGCCUGCAAGGCGAUCUACCAGGGCCCAGAGAGCAACACAGAGGUUUGUACUUUCCAUCCUGGUGUUCCUGUCUUCCAUGAGGGGAUGAAGUACUGGAGCUGCUGUGGAGUCAAAACGACAGACUUCAGCGCCUUCCUGGAGCAGCUGGGCUGCAGCAGUGGGCAGCACUGCUGGACAGGGAAGGGGGACAAGAAGGCGGUGUUGUGCCGGCAGGACUGGCACCAAACCAGCAGCCAGGUGGUAGUGACGGUCUAUGCCAAGAACCCCCUGCCUGCCCUCAGCAGCGUGAAAGCCAACCACACUGUGCUUGAGGUUCACAUCAUCUUUGAAGGGAAUAAGAUUUUCCAGACAGAACUGGAUCUCUGGGGGGUCAUCAAAAUAGAGAAGAGCUUUGUGAACAUGGUCCCUACCAAGGUGGAGAUCACACUUUGCAAAGCCAGCCCUGGCUCCUGGGCCAGGCUGGAGCUCCCUCAAAGCAGGUUGCACUCUUGUGGCGAGCAGGAGAAGGAGGCUGCCAAUGCAGAGGAGCCUGGGGCAGUGCAGGAGGAAGACUCAGAUGACAGCUUGAGUUGGUCGGAGGAAGAUGAGGAGUUGGAGAUGAGAACACUGAGCAUCUGACGGUCAAGUGCUUCAGCAGCUGAGCAGUGCCGGCUCCUGAGCUGCUGGGGACCUUGGCACCAGCUCCAGAGGAGCAGACCCAGCCCAGAGGCACGUGUAUGCUGCAGGACACCCUCUCCCUGGGUCAGAAGGGGCAAGUAAUAAAAACCCAG